AUGCUUCCAUUCACUGGGUUCCAUAUCAAAACUAUUGCAUGGGGGCUUUUCUCGCUCUCGGCUGUUCUUGCAAGCCCGCAAUGCGUCUCCAACACUCCAGAUGGGCCUCUUCAUAUAACCGCAGACUGCAUGGACCCCAUUUACAACACUCCCAUUAUCGCCAGCGAAACGGAUGAAAUCAUGCCCGUCCCGCACCGCAGAGUCGCCGGCUACUUCAACGACACAACAGCCGAGUUCACCAUCUACCUCCCUCUGAAGGACGCAUGGAAGGGACGCUUCUUCCAACUAGUCUACCCGCUUCAAGGCUCCACAGCCGAGGACAAAACCAUCGCCUUUGGAAUUGAGAGUGGCGCAUAUACAGUUCGUGCCGCUACUGGUGGCGGGUAUCGCGGGGACGCGGCCGUGGCCAAGUUGUCGAGGCAGAUAGCAAGGGAGUUCUAUGGGAUCAACAACCCAGCUGAAACGGAUCACAUCUACGGAUAUAUCUAUGGCGGUAGUGGUGGCUCGAUGCAAACUAUUGGGGCGCUGGAAAACACGGUGGGUGUCUGGGAUGGUGGGAUUGCCCUGGUCCAGGGAGUCCCCAUGUCAAUUCCAAAUAAUUUCUGCAUACACGCCCUCGCUGGGUUGGUUUUGGGCGAGAAGGCUGAUCUGGUGGCGGAUGCAGUGAGUCCUGGUGGGAGUGGAGAUCCAUUUUCCGGACUUGAAGACCAUGAGCGCCCUGUUUUGGAGGAGGUGACGGCGUUGGGUGUGCCCCUGCUUGGGUGGGAGGAUUUUGAGGGGCUUGCUGGAAACAGGACUAAACAUCUUGAGAUGUUUCGAACUGUGGUCACCGCAAAUGUAAAGAGGGCAGACCCGGGAUAUGUUCACGACUUCUGGAAUAAGGACGGAUAUCUUGGCAAGGAGGACUCGAAGCUUGGUCAGUUCUUCCGUGAUAGGCUGGUCGAGUUUGAGGCUACUGUGGUGGAAGUGGACAGGGGAAUGGAUGGUGUCCCUGUUCGGGUCAAGUUGAGCCAUCUCCCCGAGCAUACUCCCAAUGAGCUUGAGUUCACGAUCCUCAGCCAUGUGGAACGGCAAGAAACCCGCUCAGACGUCGGCUCCUUCACUGGCGUGAUUAAUAAGGAGGAUCAAUCCGUGUUUAUCUACAGCGAUAACAACGCCACCAUCCUUGCCAGCCUCGAGAAAAACACCCCCCUUCGAGCGGACAAUCGCUGGAACCUGGCCGUGCAUGCCUGGCAUCGACACCAACUCCCCCCGAUGCAAGGUGGAUAUUACGGUUAUAACUACCUGAGGAAGGAAAAUGGAGAGCCACGUUACCCGCAGCGGGAUAUCCUGCUUGCCCCAUCCAUGUCACGACCUGCUGCCGGGGGAGGAACCCAUACUGGCCAGAUUACAGGGAAGCUAAUGGUUAUCGAUAAUCUUGCCGACUAUGAUGCGUUUGCCUGGCACGCGGACUGGUAUCGAACCCAAGUCCAGAGUGCUCUUGGUGAGAGGUUCCAGAACAACUACCGACUAUACUUCAAUGAACACGCCGAUCAUGGUAUGGGCCCACCAGCGCAGGAUCAGGAGCACCGCGUGGUUGACAUUACGGGCCACUACGAUCAGUUACUUCGAGAUCUUAGCGCAUGGGUCGAGAGGGAUAGUCAACCGCCAAGAGGGACCAGAUAUACAGUGGAAAAUGGGCAGGUCAAAGUAGCCGCAAAGGCUUCUCAGCGCGCAGGGAUCCAACCGGUCGUCAGCCUGACAGUUCGCGGGGGCAACCAGACGGAAAUCAGGGUGGGAGAGCAGCUUCUCUUUGUGCUCAAGGCAGAAGUGCCCCCGGGAACUGGAAGUAUUGUUUCUGUAGAGUGGGAUCCCAGCGGAACUGGAGAUUUUGUUCGAGUGGAUGUGGGCAAGCCUCGCCCAAAGCUCACUAGCAGAAUGCGAUAUGCUUUUGAGGAGCCCGGGACUUAUUUCCCAGUCGUUCGCGUGAGUUCCCACAGGGAUGGAGAUGUAGAUACUUCAUUCGCAAGAGUGAUGAAUCUGGGACGUGUGAGGGUUGUUGUACACUAA